CACGAAGUGCAAGCAAUGGCUCUGGGGACUUCAAACAGUUAUCAUUUCGGGGGCGUGGUGUACUUGGGGAUCAUAAAACAACCAUUCCUUUUCGUUUUUUUUUUUUUUUUCAUUGGCAAGAAAACACCAAACCACUGUAGUCCGAUCUCUGAAAAAGACACUCGUAAGCAAAAUAUUAUUUACAACACCAUGGCAACUGUAAAGGACAAACUGAUCCGGGAAGUUAAUCCUGGAGAGCCUGUGGUGGCAGGAGCAAAGGUCACUAUUGUAGGGGUGGGACAGGUGGGGAUGGCCUGUGCGAUCAGCAUUCUUCAGUCGAAUAUAGCUGAUAAUGUUACAUUGAUUGAUGUGAUGGAGGACAAACUGAUGGGUGAAGUUAUGGAUUUACAGCAUGGCAGCCUCUUUCUGAAGAGCACCAUCACAGCUGCUAAAGACUAUUCAGAGACCGCAGAUUCCAAGUUGUGCAUCAUCACUGCUGGCGUUCGUCAAAAGGAAGGGGAGAGUCGUCUGAACCUGGUGCAGAGGAAUGUUGAAGUCUUUAAGCACAUCAUCCCAAACCUGGCCAAAUACAGCCCAGAUGCCAUCCUCCUUGUUGUUUCCAAUCCAGUGGACAUCCUGACCUACGUGUCUUGGAAGCUGAGUGGAUUCCCCAGCCACCGCGUCAUGGGCAGCGGCACCAAUCUGGACACUGCCAGGUUCCGCUUCCUGAUUGGAGAGAAGCUGAAGAUCAACUCCUCCAGCGUCCAUGGAUACAUCAUUGGGGAGCAUGGGGACUCGAGUGUCCCUGUCUGGAGUGAAACCAAUGUCGCUGGAGUCAGUCUCCAGUCUCUAAACCCUUACCUGGAUACAGAGAAUGACCCUGAAGAAUGGAAACAAAUUCACAAACAAGUAGUGGAUAGCGCUUACGAAGUGAUCAAGUUGAAGGGGUACACCUCUUGGGCCAUUGGGCUGAGUGUGUCCACCCUUGCCCAGUCAAUCUUGAAGAACCUCCGGAUUGUCCACCCAGUGUCCUAUCUUAUCAAGGACUUGCAUGGAAUUAAAGAAGAAGUUUUCUUGAGUCUGCCCUGUGUCCUGGGUUCGUCUGGGGUCUGUGGUAUCAUAAAACAGUCACUGAAAGAAAGUGAGACCGCACGCCUGAAGAAAAGCAGCGAGACCCUCUGGGCCAUCCAGAAAGACCUCAAACUGUGAACGAACCGUGUGAAAGAAAGCUUGCUGCAUAGUUUAGUGUUCAAGGCCUAAACAGGUGCUUAAACUGGGCCUAAACUGCUAUGCAGGGGCUUGUUAGUUGGUUCUUUAAUUCUGUGCUUGUCUGCUUGUUAUGCGCUGAAACAUUGUAAAGCGAUACUAAAACAUACUAGGCUAUCCAAGGAUGCUACUGCUAAAGUGUCAAUAUUUAAACUCUCAAGGCCAGUGGAUAGAUGAUCCUUUAGCUACAGAUGUAAAAGUGUUUUACUAUAACCUGUACAGCUUGACACUUGUGCAGCUUGCUGUUCCCUGCUCACUGCUUGAUUGCCAUUGGGGAGUAUUGUGAAUGUGUUUGAGCUUUAACUGUGCUGUUAAGAAAUUAUUGGAGAAAAGCUGUUUGGUAAUAACGUCUGAUUGUACUGAAAUCCUUGAAAACAAAUUUGAAAUGCUAUUCAGCAGUAAUACACUUGUACUGUGCCUUUUGCUGUUUUAAGUCUCAUUUAAAAUGUGAUAUUUCA